GAGUAAGAUCGUUCACAACCACACACAACUCCCCAACAGACAGACGAUCUCCCACCCUCGACCACGUUCUUGAAGACUUUUGGAACAACCUGGUAACAAUGCUUCACCGCCGCCACCCCAUUUCACAUCCAGUUCCUCCAUCCCCUUCGCGUCAACAUCGUGACUACCUUGGCACUACAAGCACUACAGGCAUACCAAUACCACCGACCUCAUCGCGUACAUCGACGCCUGGUCGCCCUGCAUCCAACCCAGUGCACUGGGAGUUGGAUGCGAGAGAGCAAACCUCUUUAUAUGACCACGGGUUGAAUAGACCUGGUAGAAGUAGUAUGAGUAAAGGGACGGAUAUCGGCUGGGACACUGCUGAAAGCAGAAAGAAUUUAACAAAUAGAAUGGGGAUGGGCUUGCGCAACGUUAGGCAUGGGAUGAAAGAUGCACUAAGAAUGGAUAGGAGUGUAAAUCUCGUCUGGCAUGACCGCGAGCUGAAAACUCUAAUCAUCAAGUCGAUGUUAAUUAACCUUUUAUCAUUACUCCUGUUGUCCUUGUCGUCUCUGAUCUUUUCACCAAUACUGGUGCAUCCGGCCUCCACCGACAUGCAGACGCGUACAAAAGCGAUCGGUAUGUGGUAUAACAUUUUGCUCAGCUGGCCUGUUUUUGUUGUGUGUUUCUGGGUCAAUGCCAACUGGGGACCCGGAAUAUCAAAACGGGCACAAGUAUUACUUCAUCCUACUUAUCGGCACCAGCCAUCGGUCUGGGGCACACCCUCAAAGUCUACGCAAAUGGCAACCGGCUAUACAGCCAAAUUAUUCUCUUCGGCCACUCGUGUCCUUCUCAUCAGCGAUUUCACGUUGGUAUCCCGCUUGAUAGGAGCGAUUCCACUCAUUGGCCGGCCAUGUGCCCUUGCAUAUAUGUCUAUCAUCAGCUCAUACUAUUGUUUUGAAUGGACAUUUUCUACGAAGAAUUGGUCACUGGAUUACAGAAUAGAAUAUCUACAGGCGAGAUUAGCAUAUAUGUUUGGUUUCGGACUCCCAGUGACCCUGAUGACAUCUUUCGGACCGCCUUUGGUGACAAUGGCCAUAUUUGCUCUAGUAUACCCCUUUUUUGUCAUCCAGGCGUUGCAAUCUAGCCCUCCACGAAACGCAACCUUGUUACCUUUGAAUCCUUCUUCUCGACCUCUCACUCCCUCUUUCCGCGUCAAGAGCUCUAACGCUCUCCCGGCCGAUCCCUUUGGCGAACCUACGUACUGCGAUUUGGAAGCUCCUAGUGGGAGAGAGAAGGAGUGGGAGUUUAAGGUUCCAAUCUUUUGGUUUGCAAAUCAUGCCCUGAGAGGUUUGAAAUGGUUGGAAGACGCCGUAGCAAAGGAUAGAAGUGGUAGGAAAGACAUCUUUGGUCUGGGAUCGCAGGGUUGAGAGGACAGAUGAUGUAAAUGGCUGGUUUAAAACUCAUUAUUCAUCUUCCUCGAAUUACUACUGCGUAUACACGUGCAUUAAUACAUGUUACAUAUACAUUUGUCAGAUCGCGCUACUGUAGCUUUGGAGGAUGCUGAACGAUUCUCGAUUGACACCGAUCUGGAGGAUGAUUCAUCAUAAAAACAUAAGAGAUGAGGAAGAGGACAAACAGCCAAGAGGCAAUACGAGACAAGAGACUUGGAUUUGGUCUAAUAUAUGACAUAUCCUAGAUGAAUACUAGGUUGGCUUCUUGCAAAGAAUGCUAUUAUGCCAUCACAUGACCCUGCUACAGGACGCUGGAUGAUGGAUAACGGAAGAUUCGCGGAAGAGGAGGGGUAGCAAGAAAUUAAAGGAGGUUGAUAAAAGAUGAGAUACGAGCCAGGAGGCAAAAAGGUCCAAAGACGCCGACAUCCAGAUUCCGUGCCUCACGUCCCAGGCCUCGCCGGCUUAAUGAUAGGCCCCGAUUAACGCCGUGCAAGUAUUAUUAAUAGCUAUAAAAAGAUAAAG